CGGUAUCCCAGCGACCCAAGCAGUCUGUCAAGAUGCACGCGCUCGUCGGCCUCGCUGCGUUGCUCGCGUCCUCGAAGUACGCGUUUGCUGGGUACCUGCCAGACAAGAUCUACGGUGUCAACAUCGGUGGAUGGUUGGUACUGGAGCCGUGGAUGCUGCCUGCAGAGUGGGAAGGCAUGGGCGGCCAGAUCUGCGAUGACUGUUCGCAAUGUAUCGGGUCUGAAUGGAACUAUACGAAAACAUACGGUCAAGCAACCGCUAACGUAGAGUUUACAAAACACUGGUCUACCUGGUUCACCCAGGAGGAUGUGGACACGCUCGUAGCGGACGGUAUCAAUACUGUCCGGAUACCUCUCGGUUUCUGGAUCGUGGAGCAGAUCGUUAACAGGGAGACCGAAUUUUACGCGGAGGGAGGUAUCGUAUACCUCCAAUCAGGGCUCAAGAUGCUCAGCGACGCUGGAAUUCAGGUCAUCCUCGAUCACCACGCGUUGCCCGGAGUACAGACCAGCGACCAGUCAUUUACCGGAAACUGUACGGACAAUGUCCAGUUCUACGCGAGUCCGACUGCCUACAACUACGAGCGUGCGCUAAUUUGGACGGCGGUCAUGACGACCCUUGCACAUCUCGAUCCGAACUUCAACACAGUCUUCGCCAUCGAGGCGGUCAACGAGCCCAUCAUGGACGCAGACGAGACUCCCGGCUACGGCUAUUUCCAGAAGAACUUUGUUGACACAGUGCGCGCGGUCGAACUCACAUUGGGCAUCACCGUGCCAGGCAUGACGCUUGACACGUCGAUCACGACGACCAACUUCACCGCAGCGCUCGGCCAGGUUGCGAGCGCGACGACGAUCUUCAACACGAACGUCACCGAGGCGCUCGCCGCUGCGGCGCCGAUCCUGCUCGAGCUCGCGAUGCAGCUGUCCAUCCCGGCCAUCCUGGACACGAGCUUGGCAUUAGGCAUAACGUCGCGCAGCACGCUGUGGACGACAUUCAUGGACGUCGACUGGCAGUACGACGACCCACCGAACCCUGCGGAUGCUGCUAUUGGACCGCAGGGCUAUGACAAUCACCUCUACUACAGCUUCGGUGGCGUCGCUGACGCGAAUCCGACUGCCUACAUGGAGAGCAUCUGCAACCUGGACAGAGUGCAGGCGGAUGCCGUACAAGGCGACACACCGCUGUGGUUUGGAGAGUGGGGCCUUCCGACGCAGUUUGAUGCAACGGAUGCGUUCCUGUACAUGUGGGCGGACGCGCAAAAGCGCGCAUAUACCAAGGGCGCAGGAUGGAUCUUCUGGAACUUCAAGGUUGAGCAGUCGGAGCUCGCGGGGAACCUGUCCCGGCAGUGGCGAGUGUCUUACAUCGAGGGCGUGAAGCUCGGCUACCUGACGCGGAAUCCCGCCGACUAUCACAAUGCUAGCGUGUGCGCGCCUUACAUCGAGUCUUCCUGAGCGGGACACUCACACCGGGAAUGAAUUAUUUCGAUAUUCUAUGUAAACAAAAUGGGACGGGACAAUGACUACUGUACAUGUGUAGAUACUAUCACC